AUGCGUCCAGGAAAUGCCAAUUACAGAUAUAGGCGACAGCAGAGGAGGGAGCUUAACCUCUUAAUUCCUAGUAGCAUAUUAGAUCCUGCUUCGCAACGACUAUUUGCGGUUUCAUUAUUUAUGUUGAUUCAAAGUUGGAAGAUUUAUGAUCUAGUUUUAGUCAAGUCAGAGAUUGCAUCUUCUGAUGAGCAAUUGACAAGCUUGACAAACUUCACAUUUGUUCUCAAAUACUUGUUUAUUGAUGGGGUGUUCUUGUGGCUCCUCCCGAUACUAAGGAUACCGCGUCUUACAUUUUCACCAUCAAAGACGCUACUUUACAUAUUCAUUUUGAAUGGGUUCACAUUGUUUUUGGUGAGCAAUUUGGCAUUGCCGUUGCUAUCCAAUAUAUUUUUGCCAAUUUGGAGGGUAUUAUUGCAAAGAAAUGAACUUAACAUUGCGGGAGAAUCAAUCAAUGUAGCGAAAGUUAUUGACAUGGAUUCCCAUUUCAAAGGUAAAUUGACAAUUCAUUACCUACCUGACUCGUCAGCGAAAAUGAAUCCAUUUCACAUUGAUCAAACUUGUUUGGGUCCUGCCAAUGGCAACACCAUUCAAAUGCCAAUCGAAUUUAAUACAACAUCGGGCAUUGGAUUUCUACAAAUUCAACAAAAUACUGCAAACAACGAACUUAAACUUUACAAUUAUACUGGCUCCUUACUAAAAAAAUUAUUCAAAAGCGAUUACUCCCAUUUGACAAACAAAAUUCAAUCCAAACCAAGUGACACUUUGUUUUAUUUAGAAUACCCAAUUAACGAACCAGGGUCGUAUAAGAUAAAGAGUGUUUUGGAUAAAAAGGGUAACAGCAUUAGGACAUAUAAAUCUGAGUUUGUUGUAUCGGACUGUCCACUGGGAAAAUUCUUCUAUCCACCACAUUUUGACUUUCAAAACAACCACAAGUGUUUGACCUCCCUUGAGGAAGAAGCGUUCCCCGUGCCCUGGUUGGAAGUAUAUGGUCCUUCGCCUGCAUAUGUGAAUCUUGUAAUCAGAGUGAAUGGAAAUGAGUACAAAUCAAUGAAUAUUACAAUUACCAGCGACACUGAACACCAUAAGCGAUCAAGAACCGACUUUUCAUAUUUAAAACCCACCAAACUAGUUAGAAACUCGUUGGAAGAAGCGAUUCUUCAGCACAUUGACGACUUCAAAUGGAGUAAGGAAACCUCAGUUGAGUUUCAAUUGAUUUCAGUGCAAGAUUCAUUUGGAAACUUGCAUCGGUACCAGCCACUUUCCAAAGACAAGGAUGUAUGGUACAAAUUAGUCCUCCGCAAGUCGCCGUCCAUUACACUUAUAAACCCUGAAAGAGAGUCCCCACUUUUGUUAGGUGGAGAAAAAACCAUGACAAUAUCAAAUUGGGACAAGUUUGAUGACAAGGAUUUCCCACUUGAUGUUGUCAUAUCACACGAUGGAUCCAACUUUACCAAAACUUUUUCCAACAAAGCACAAUUACAAAAGGGGUUCAAAGUCCCUGAGCCAGGGCAGUAUAAGUUGAUUUCUGCAAAGGAUGUAUAUUGUCCUUGUGAGGUUAUUGAUACGCCGGCAAUACAACUUGAGUUGGCACAGGUACCAGAAUUGAAUAUACAUGCACAACCAGAGAGCGAUAGGUGCUUGGGAGUUGUAGGGUACAAGUUUGACUUUAACUUUACUGGAAGGGCGCCAUUUAAAGUGCAAUAUCAAAUAUAUUCAAACAAUUCUGGCAUUUUGAAGCCAGUGGUAUCAUCGUCUGGUGGAAAGGUUCGUGAGUUGGUUUCUACACUGAAUCAGCACUCAUUCAAAUUCAAACCACCGGGAGAGGGAAGCUACAGUAUUGUGUUUGCCAACUUGAAGGACGGAAAUUAUUACGAAAAGGGUUUUCCUCUUGACAAAGUAAAAUACACAUACCUGACGUAUUUCAGACUGGCGUCUGAGUUGUCUUUGAAAUUAGCUGGACGUGAAUUGCACACAUGUUAUGGCGUGUCUGCAAAGAUACCCGUGAUUUUUAAAGGCAAUGGUCCUUACUCUUUUGAUUACGAGUUUGUUGACUUUGUGACAAGGAAAAAAUUGGGUGUUGUACAAUAUGUGAGUGAAGUUUCCAACUACGAAAUUGAGACGCCUCAAUCACUAAUUGGGAAGACGUGCCACCUUGUCUUGAGCAAUGCCAAGGAUAAGUUUGGUUGCAAUGCGAUCAUAAGCGACAACGCGAAGCAAGUGAAAAUUGUGAGCAGACCAGAUAUUCCCGAACUCGAGUUGAUCAACCCAAGCUCAACAAUCCAAAUAGUUGAAGGUCAGUAUGUGGAUGUACCUGUAAAGUACAAAUCAUCAAUUGGUCAACAAAAGAAUGACGUGGUGAUCUUGAAAUGUUUCAGUUUGCAAGGUGAGGCAUUGCAAAACCAGAGAGCAGAUUUGAGACUGUCUUCAAUUCGAAUUUUCAAGGAAGGAAUCUAUAGUGUAGAAUCCUUUUUGAAUGAUAAUUGUGAAGGUAAAGUUGUUAACAAAAGCAAGGUUGUGACUGUCACUUACUAUGACAAACCAUCAAUGAAUAUAACUUUUGCUGACCAAUAUUUACAACACAAGGAUGAUUCAAUGCUUCAUUUGAAACCCGUUUGCAAUGGUGCUGCUAAUGAAAUUGGAUUACAAUUGAAAGGAAAAGCACCUUUUUUGAUUGAUUAUGAAAUCAAAUUACCGAAUGGUAAAGUUGAAAGUCACACAAUGAACGUUGAAGGUCAUCACAUCAAAAUCAAGCUACCAACAAGGGAACACGGUCAGUAUGAGCACACGUUCAAGAGGGUGUAUGAUGCUCAUUACACGAGACAAAGAAAGGUGCCGCUUGCCGAUGUACCAAAAGUCGUUUACCAAGUCAACCGUUUACCUACAGCUCUGUUUAUCCCAGACAAGCAUUUUACCCAAGUGUGUGAAAAUAGAGUCCAUGAUGAGGAGGUUGUUGCCAAGAUUCCGGUUAAGUUCUCUGGAACCUACCCAUUUGAGAUCGGCGCAGUUAUAAAGAAUGAAGCAUCAGGCGAAAGUCAAGAACUCAAGUUUAGAAAUGUUAUGGAACCUUUCUUGUCAUUGCAGAGUAUGAAGUUUUUGACACUUGGAGACUACUCAAUCACAUUGGUUAGUGUAAAGGACAGUAAUGGUUGCGUCAAUGUAAAGCUACAACAAGCAGUCAAGUACGUUUUAUCCAUUACUGAGCCUCCAAAUGUAUAUAAAUUGUCGGACAAAGUGCACUAUUGUGUGGGAGAUCAUGUUGGUUACAACUUGACGGGUGUAUCACCCAUUACUAUUUUUUACGAGUACAACAACACGCCCAGGAAAGCUGAUGUUCAUCACCAAUUUAUCAGACUAGCAUCAAAGCCGGGAACAUUAAACAUACAAGCAUUGAAAGAUGCUGGUGAAAAUUCGUGUUUGGUUAAUUUUACUUCGGAUAGUCAAAAGUUUAAAGAGUUGCAACUACAGGUGCAUGAAUUACCCAGUGUUGAAGUCAACAAGGGUGAUUACAUAGUAGAGGACAUCCACCAAGGCGACCACACAGAGUUGAUUUUCACAUUCACUGGAGAACCUCCAUUCAAAUUAACAUACAUUAGAACUAUCGAAGUUAAACGUGACCAAAAGAAAGUGAGAAAAUUAUUGGAGAAGGAAACAAUCAGUGAUAUAUGGGAUCGUGAUUUCAUCGUAUCGGCCAGUCUUGAAGGAACAUAUGAGGCAAUUGAGGUACAAGACAAAUUCUGUCGAGCAGUAAAAUCAAUCAAUUACAUAGAAUAG